CUCUCUGCCCCAUCAUCAAAUAUAUACCCUUGUCUUUUCUCACUCUCUCUCGUUCUCUCUCUCUCUCUUCAUCUAUCUAUAUAACACUCGGUGGAACACAAAAACACCACCCUUUGGUGUCCUCUUUCAUGGGUUGUUUCUGAGAUAAAUUAUUUUUAAGUUAUUUCUCGAUUAGGGUUUCGUAAAAUGCCUGGAGUUGUUGUGGAAGGAAUUCAUGAAGACGAGAUAGUUCAUGAAAAUGGAAAUUCUACACCUUUGAAGGAAAAUUCAGUUCAAAACAAGUCACCCGAAAGUCCAUUGAGUCCGCGGAGUCCUCGAAGUGCAGCUGUGAUUGAGGCCUCUUUCGAUGGAGCGGUGGACACCUCAAUCGAGCAGCUUUACGAUAAUGUAUGUGAGAUGCAGAGUUCUGAUCAGUCGCCCUCGAGGGCUAGUUUUGGAUCAGAGGGCUCAGAGAUGAGGAUUGACUCGGAGUUGCGCCAUCUUGUUGGGGGGGAGAGGAGGGAAGUCGAGAUAAUGGAAGAAGAGGGAGAAGUGGAAAAACCGGGAAAUGACUGUCAUAGUGAUUCCGGUUCCAAGAAAUUGGGGAAAAUGGAUAAUACCCAAUCUUCUAGUACAAAUUCGCCUUCCCGGGCACAAUCAAAGAAAGCUUCUCACGUGCACUUGGAAACACAAGCAUCAAAAGGAUCAAACCCCAAUAGCAAAAGUCCGCAAGAGAAGCCUCCUAUAGAUAAGAAUUCAAGAAAACCAAUAAAACGGAGGAAUUCACCACUGGGGAGGUUGAAAUUGAAGAAUGGGACCGAGGACUCGUCUGGGUCGGGGUUAGAAAACUCAGAUCUUGGACCAUUUCUGCUUAAGCAAGCAAGGGAUUUGAUUUCCUCUGGGGAUAAUCCCCAAAAAGCCCUUGAGUUAGCUCUUCGUGCAGCGAAAUCGUUUGAGAAAUGUUCAAAUGGAAAGCCCGGUUUAGAUAUGGUCAUGUGCCUACACAUCACUGCAGCUAUAUAUUGUAAUUUAGGCCAGUAUUGCGAUGCAAUUCCAAUUCUUGUGCAGUCGAUUGAGGUUCCAGUGAUUGAGGAAGGUGAAGAUCACGCCCUUGCUAAAUUUUCUGGUCAUAUGCAAUUGGGUGACACGUAUGCGAUGUUGGGCCAGCUUCAGAAAUCUAUAGCUUGUUACGCAGCUGGUUUGGAAGUCCAGCGACGAGUUUUGGGAGAUACAGAUCCGAGAGUUGGCGAGACUUAUAGGUACUUGGCCGAAGCUCAUGUUCAAGCAUUACAAUUCGAUGAGGCAGAGAAGUAUUGUCAAAUGGGUCUGGACAUCCACAAAGAGAAUGGCUCGCCUGCUUCGCUCGAAGAGGCCGCGGAUAGGAGGCUCAUGGGCCUUAUAUGCGAAGCAAAAGGCAAUCACGAGGCUGCCCUCGAGCACCUUGUUUUGGCUAGCAUGGCCAUGGCGGCGAAUGGGCUUGAAACUGAAGUGGCAUUGGUGGAUUGCAGCAUUGGUGACAUGUACUUGUCGUUGGCUCGAUACGAUGAGGCAGUUUUUGCAUAUCAGAAAGCGCUCACGGUUUUCAAGUCCUCCAAAGGAGAAAAUCACCCAUUGGUUGCUUCUGUUUUUGUCCGUUUGGCUGAUUUGUAUAACAAGACGGGUAAAUUUAGGGAAUCAAAAUCCUACUGUGAGAACGCCCUUCGAAUUUAUCUAACGCCUGUUGUUGGGAUUCCUCCUGAAGAGAUUGCCAGUGGUCUCACCGAUGUGUCUGCAAUUUAUGAAUCAAUGAAUGAACUCGAACAAGCGCUCAAUCUGUUACAAAAGUCAUUAAACAUAUACAAUGAUGCCCCGGGGCAGCAGAGCACGACUGCAGGAAUCGAAGCCCAAAUGGGAGUCAUGUACUAUAUGUUAGGAAACUACUCUGAGUCUUACACCUCCUUCAAAAACGCUAUUUCAAAGCUCAGCGCAAGUGGGGAGAAGAAAUCUGCAUUCUUUGGGAUUGUGCUAAACCAAAUGGGGCUGACGUGUGUGCAGCGUUGUGAUAUAAAUGAGGCUGUGGAGUUGUUUGAAGAGGCGAGGAGUGUUUUGGAACAAGAGUAUGGACCCUAUCAUGCCGACACGCUUGGGGUGUAUAGCAAUCUUGCUGGCGCUUAUGACGCGAUUGGAAGAUUGGAUGAAGCAAUUGCAAUGUUAGAACAUGUUGUGGGAAUGAGAGAGGAAAAGCUUGGGACAGCGAAUCCCGAUGUGGACAAUGAAAAGAAGAGGUUGGCCGAGUUAUUGAAAGAAGCAGGUCGGGUCCGUAGUCGAAAAAACAGAUCAUUAGAGAACCUCCUUGAUGCCAAUCAUCAUCAUACCAUAAAAAAAGUUGAGAUUAAGGUAUAAGAAUUUUUAUAUUAUUGAGAAUGAUGUAAUAUAGAAAAUAUGUAUAAACCAAGAACCUAAAAGAAAAGAAAGAAAGAAAAGAUAAAGAAGUAUAGGGUGGUUGGUGUGUUGAUUAGAUUCUUGUUUUGGGUAUCAAAUGAAAUUAUGUUUUUAAUAUUGAUUUAUUUUAUUUAUAUUGAUUGAAGGUGAUUGAUUCUGUUUUGUAUUAUAAUGUUUAAAUGAUUGUGAAGA